AGCUGCGAGAAACGUUGUCGCUCUACUCGACGCAACGCUUUCGUAUCAGUACGAAUUCUGUGAAGAAACUACCAAUCGACGAUGCCGCCGAAAACCAGUGGGAAAGCCGUGAAGAAAGCUGGAAAAGCUCAGAAGAACAUCAGCAAGGCUGACAAGAAGAAGAAGCGCAGGAGGAAGGAGAGCUACGCGAUCUACAUCUACAAAGUCUUGAAGCAGGUUCAUCCCGACACUGGCAUCUCCAGCAAAGCCAUGAGCAUCAUGAACAGCUUCGUCAACGAUGUCUUCGAACGCAUUGCGGCCGAAGCGUCUCGUCUGGCUCAUUACAACAAACGCUCCACGAUCACGUCUCGGGAAAUCCAGACCGCCGUUCGUCUGCUGUUGCCCGGUGAACUCGCCAAGCACGCCGUCAGUGAAGGCACCAAGGCUGUCACCAAGUACACCAGCUCCAAGUGAACACUCGAUCACUUUCUUAAACCGGCCCUUUUAA